CUCCAGUAACAGAUACCCCUGCGGAUGAUCCGCAGCGGAUCAGAUCGACAAACGGUAGCACACGUCCUCCUGCGCUGCCACCAGCACCACCAACUCCGGGACCAGGAACUAGGACGACUCCGAGGACGCAACAAUCUCCGGAAGUUACUGAACGAGCGCAAAGCAGCCGCCAAGGCAAUCAAGUUCAUCGAACUGACUCAGAUCCUUGGGCAAUUUCAGGAUCGAGACCUGAAUAGACAAAGCUGAGCAUUGGGGGGAGACUGUAGGUAUGCGGCCGCGAAAGAGAGGGCUUCACAACCCGAGAGAGCCUCGAAUCAAGGUUCCAUCAGCAUUAAACCACUGCGUACAUGGGCCUGCCAGCAAA